CAUCACCUGCAUGGGACGCUGAACGUCUAUGGACGCCUUCAAUUACCCCUAAACUUUGAUUCUGCAGCAGGGGGAACUUCAUUUCAAUUUUCUGAGACCUCCCAGCAGCGAAUCAGCGGAAUAUUCAUGAAUCAAUAUUUGAAUUAUUACAAAAUGAGGCUGAGAACAUCGAGGUUAGGUUAUCUGUUACUCCAGUUCACAGCACUUUGCUUUUACGCACAGAACACAGUGCAGUCUCCUCCUAAUUUCAAGCAACAUGUCACCGAGCAGAGUCGACUGUCGGACCGGAUGAGCCGCCGGUUGACUCGAACCUACCAACUGUACAGCCGGACCAGCGGGAAACACGUCCAGGUGCUGUCCAACAAGAGGGUCAACGCCAAUGGAGACGACGGGGCGGCCCACGCUAAACUGGAGGUGGAGACCGACUCUUUUGGGAGUCGCGUUCGUAUCAGAGGAGUGAAGACUGGAUACUACAUUUGUAUGAAUAAGAGAGGGAAGCUGAUUGGAAAGAGGAAGGGAAGAGGCAAAGACUGCAUCUUUACCGAGAUUGUUCUGGAAAAUAACUACACAGCGCUCCAAAACGCCAAAUACGAGGGCUGGUACAUGGCUUUCACACGCAAGGGCCGCCCGAGGAAGGCCUCAAAGACCAAGCAGCACCAGAGAGAAGCCCACUUCAUGAAGCGGCUACCUCGGGGGCACUUGUUGAGUGAGAGACGGCCAUUUGACGCUCUUCCUCUCUCUGUUCUUCCUCUAAGCAAGAGGACUAAACAUUCCCAUCAGCAGCGCUCCGGGGGCCGCUGAGAGCUGAAACCAUUACACGGAGCCGUGAGAAAAAACACGUGUAUCUUCUCAUGGUGGACUUCUUACGUAUGUGUUUGUUCUCCAUUCGAUGUCUAAUCUGAUAGUUAUUUCCCAGUUCGGUGAAUUCAUUAAAUUAGCGGGAAAUUGAAUUAAUAGAAAGAUUGAUUUCUAAAGAAUGUAUAAAGUACAAUGAAGCUAGACAUGGCAGCUAUUUGUUUUUUUUUUUUUUUUAAAGCAUCCGAGUUUGAGUUGAUAUUCUAAAUCUCUUGAGGAGGCAUUUUUUUUAUAACCAUUUUUACAUAUAUGAAUAUAUUUUACUGUAAAAUAUGUAAAUGACAUGAAAUUGAUAUUUA